AUGCCAAUGGCCGCCUACAAGACGACGCAAUACCACCAUGAUUCAGACCCCGAAGACGACUAUCUACACCCCACAUAUCACUCGCCCACUCUGCCGCGCUCCCGACUGCACGACGACGAUCUUGACGACGACGACGACGACAUGACGACCAGUGCUGAGCACACGCCCACCACCUUCAGCCACUCGCUAUCGCAUUCUCUCAACUCGAGCCCGACAGGCCUCAUCACACAAUGGACCGCUGAUCAGGUUGCCGAUUGGGUCGCUGCUCUGGGGCUGACCCAGUAUGCCGACGCCUUUGUCGACGAGGCCAUUACCGGUUUGGCGCUCGUCGAGAUGCAGCACCACGACUUCAAGGAGAUGGGCAUCAUGAGUGUGGGCCACCGCUUGUCUCUGCUCAGAGGUGUAUACGACAUCAAGAUCAAGCAAAACAUUCCCCUGGACCCGGAUCAUUAUGACGAUAUUGCCCGCAUCAUUGAAUCGAUCCGUCUACGCGAUUCACGCAUUCUAUCAGCCGAGAUUGAGCUCCGAACCCUGCGUGAUCAAUUCGAGCGCAUAUCAGAAGAAAACAGAAAGCUGCGCGAGGAUACUCUGCCCGUCAUUCGCAUGGUCAAAGACCGUUCCCAGCUACCUCCCACUCCGGCAGACGGACUCGGUACACCCCCAGCAGACAUCAAGAUCGAAAAGAUGGCCAGUGGCUUGUCACGCAAGUUCUCCACCAAGAAGCUCUUCCUUGGAGGUGCUCCCAAGAAUCCUUCGCCUACCAUUCACGAAUCUUCAACUCUCGAUCCCUCCGCUGCUGCAAUGGCUGCCACAUCUCACUUGAACCCCUCGCAUCCUCAAAAUUCGCCCAACCAACUAUCACAACCAUCUCCUACAUCUCCUGCAUAUACUUCCUCGGCCCAAGCCAUGUCCGCCGGCAACCGCUCCUUCCCGCGUGACGUUCCGCCAUCAGCUCGCCCUUCUUAUAUCGAGGACCCGCGUCAAUCGCAUGUGUCUCACGCACCAUCUACAAUAGCACCCUCAAGCCGCCGAACAGCAGCAACACCGGUACCCCCACAGGAGGAACCUCCAAACAGCGCCCCACUUCCAAGAUCUGCUCGCGAGAAAGACAAUCCACAAGUCGAGAUCUUCAAAUCAUUCCGGGUAAGUAUUGAAGAUCCAUGCCACAAGGUCCUACCUGUAGCCCUACAGCGAUACAACAUCAACGAUGACUGGCGCCAAUACUCCCUCUACAUUGUCUAUGGCGAUCAGGAACGCUGCCUAGGCUUGGAAGAAAAACCACUCAUGCUGUUUAAACAGCUCGAACGCGAGGGCGGCAAACCCAUGUUUAUGCUUCGCAAACACGCCGCUCCCGUUGGCGAAGGCUGGUCUGCAAACCGCACAGUCCCUGCUUCAGAGAUGCAAAACCUAGGUCCUAGCAGAGAGAGCGUAAGGAGGGAGAAUGCAGACAACGGCCGAGCGUUGCCUGGGGGUGUACUCUAG